UUCAAUAGUAAAACAAUUAUAAAAAAUGAUUCUAAACACCAUUAUUCAAAUAUUGCUUUGUAUUUGUUUGAUUGCAUCUAUAAUAAUGUUCAUGCCAGGAAGUAUAUUGUUGGAUGUUCGUCCCAAAAUUUAUCCAGCACAAUUACCUGUUUCAUUGGAAAAAUUUGAUCGAUUAGAGGAUUUAAAAGUCGAUGAAUUCAUCAGAAUCAAUCUUGAUAAUAAUAAUACCGUACCCGAAUCUAUAGCCAUGUAUCAGGGUCAUCUUGUUACCGGUUCAGCUGAUGGAACAUUGUAUCUCAUAAAACAGAAUGACAAUACGGUCCAACCAUUGGUGAAAAUUAUUGAUGAUAAAACAAUAGCAAAACAUGGCCAUCAUCUACCCAUAAUAUUGGGAAUGCAAUUCGAUUCAAAAGGUGUUUUGUUUGCCGUCGUUUUGAAUUAUGGUAUCUACAAAGUGGAAGGAAUUUUUAAAAUCACCACGAAAAUGAAUAUCAAAGUAAGUGAAGUUUUAAGUGUCGAACAAACUCAAACAUCAACCGGUGUGUUAAGUCAAUUUUUGGAUGAUAUUGCCAUCGAAGAACGGCCUAAUGGUGAACAUGUACUUUACAUUACGGAUUUAAGUACCCGUUAUGAUUUUAGCCAAGUUGCAUUAUCGUUAUUGAGUGUGGAUUAUUCUGGACGAUUACUCCGUUAUGAUAUGGCUGAAAAUCGGCUAGAUAUUUUGGCCAAUAGUUUACUUUGUCCUAAUGGUAUUGUUCUGUUACCGGAUAAAUCAGCAUUAUUGUUUACUGAUUUUAGCAAAUCAGUAAACAAAUAUUGGCUACGUGGAUCAAAUAGUGGAAAAUUGGAGAAAAUAAUAACAAAUCUUCCGGCCGAAUUAGAUAACAUUCGUCCAAGCAUAAAUGGAAAAACAUAUUGGCUAGCAAUGAGUAAUCCACGUGCAAUAAAAAAACCAAGUGAAUUUGAUUAUUUUUUAAAAAAACCAUGGCUACGUACAUUGAUUUUGCGAACAUUACAUUUAGUUGGUAUGAUAUUCGAUAUUGUCAACCAAAUCAUUCCAUCCGUUGAUUUUAUUGGUAAAUUGGCCAAUGAUUUACAAACGGUACAAGGAAUUCAUCCUUUAAGUGAAUUGCAUAUAUCCAAUGGUGGGAUGAUGAUUGAAUUUGAUUCGGAUGGAAAAAUCUACCAAAGUAUCUAUACACAUGAUGAAAAAUUGAAAUUGAUGAGCGAAGUUCGAGAGAUUCCAUCAAAAAGAUCUGGCCAACGAACCUUAUAUAUUGGAUCAUGGAUGUUACCAUAUGUUCGCAAGCUAGUCAUUUCGACUGAACCAUCCAAAAGAAAAACUUUUAAAUAAAUAAACCUUGACAACAAAAAAAAAUGAUGACGAUAAUGAUUAAAAAAAAUAAAGCUCAUCACAUUUGUCCUUGA